AUGGCUCCAGCCUUCCUCAGAGAGUUACGUCGGCGUUCAAGGGCCAGCAUCAGGACUGAGCAGUCUACCGAUCGAGCCGGCGAACAGUACAGUACCGACUGCUCUAGUAAUGCAAGCCAAGGAACCGUACCGACCGCCGGUUCCGUGACACCCCCGUCUAAUCAUGGCUCCGAGGUUGCCCUAGAUCUACACCUGAAGGAUACCAGUGGUCAGUCUGCGAAUACAACACCGAUACCCAGGCCCCCGCCUCAGCCCAUUGUCAACGUCAAUACGAAUCGCAAUAGCGUAGCGAGCGUCGCUGGCUGGAGUUCUCCCACCGCCAAUGCCAAGGCCAACUUGGUCGUGUCACCUUAUGCACCCCGUGUCACUAAUUGCGCGGACGGGACCUAUGCCUAUCAGAAGAAUCUCGUCAUUCGUGGUACCAUUGGUGACCCGUCGCAACAUUCAGUAGAUGGGGAAGUUCUUGUGAACCGUCUCGACCACCAGUUUCCCCCAACAUCUUGGGCCGUGUGCGAAUCACAUUGGAAGGCCCUGGUCUAUUUGCAACCGGGCCUGAACAGGUUUCGUUUCGACUUCACGAGCCCCAAGGUCUCCAACAGCUCUUCCAGUAACCCCAUUCAUUCUUCAUACUUGGACAUCUUUAUGGUUCCUCCGCAGAAUACCCCGCCUCUUCAGCUGGCAAUUCUCUUAGCCAAAGAUUCACCCCAGAAUUUUGAUUCCACGCCUGCUAGGGCUCAGACAGAGGGGAAUGGCCUUGACACAGCCAUCCACAAGUAUCGCAUGGCGGCGUAUCUCUGGCAGGCUUUUACCUGUGAGCAAAUGACGCGCCACAGGAUGGGCCGCCGAAGUUUUGCUUUUGAAGAGGAAUGGGUAACAGGGUCCUCGCACUCUCGUGAUCGGGUAGACGGUAAGAUGCGAUCAGAAGCGAGGGUGCAUAUUAUUAGAACCGAGAAGACGGUUGCCCAACUUCGCGAUCUUGCGCAGCUUGAGAAUUUAACGGACGACCCAGACAAAAGCGCCUUCUUCAAUGUCGUGGCCGAUGCUGUCAGGGACUAUUUCCGACCACUGACUGGUCAGAAAAAAUAUGUCUCCGUCUUGUUGCUCGAUGUGCACUGGGACAAGGAGGUCAAGACAGUCACCGAACCAGCUGAUGCAGGGGGUUCGUCUGACGAUCUAAAUCUUGCCAUCUUUGGGUCCCAGUACCUGCAAAGCUACCCUAGCUCCCUCGACGAGAUACGUCCCGCCUUCAAUGACUGCAGCCGAAUCGAGGCAGAUUUUGUUUCUAAACACGGCAACAAUAUGGGAAGUUCUUGGGAAGUGGCCAAUGCUGGAAUGGGUGGUCAUUUGCGGAGCAUCGGCCAUAUGCUUGGUUGUCCCCGCCAAGAGUCGGGUGUCAUGGGCGACGAUUUCGCAAUGAUCAACCGCACAUUUGUCGCUCGCGAGCCUUUUUCUACCCGGACGAAAUCUAAGGGGGGGCUUAUACUCGCGAAGGACGAAUGUACCUGGCAUGCACUCGACUGUCUUCGUUUCCGCUGGCAUCCCUGCUUCAGGUUACCGAACGAUGCGGUAUGCUAUAUGGAUGCUAGUAUACAGGCUUUUCCCGUCGAAGGUGGCAGUGUGGUGCUAGCAGCAAAGACUGGAGUUUCUCACGUGGAGAUCAUGGGAGAAGACGACAACUUUUGCCGAGCAUGGAUAAGGUACGGAGUGGAGAGAGGGUUACCGAAACAGGUUUCUAUAAACGAGUCGGAGGUUCGGGAGCGGUUACAAGAGAAGAAGCGGAAAGGCCUCUUGCGACUGAGAGUCGUUUCUGGUGGCGGGGCAAUACUUUAUAUCGACGACUUCCGGAAGCUCUGCUCCAAAUCAUCGUCCUUCAAAAUAUCGGCUGCUCCACUCGGCAAGUCAGGAUUUCGGAGCAAGCAAAUUGGUUGCCAAGACAUUGAGGAUCGCAGCGAGGCCCAGGAAGUUGUCUUCAAGAGCGCCGUCAAGCAGAGCCGAGUGCUUAGUCGCGUUAUCGUCUAUCAUGACCCAUCCAUCGUCUACGGGCUGGAAUUUGUCUAUGAUGAUGCGUCUACACAAAUCCUCGGUGGGAAGGGAGGCAAAGUGACUGGCGAUGCCUUUGACUUGGAUGUUCGGCGGGGCGAAUAUAUUGCUGGUUUCACCGUCAGGGUCAGUGAUAGAAUAUCCGGCAUCUCCAUUUCGACAAGCCUGGGAUCAUCGUCGCCCAUCUAUGGCGACGCCUUCGGCGGUGACCUGAACAUAUUGCUUCCCCCAUGGGGCUACACCGUAUGCGGAGUGGCUGGAUUGUACGGUGCCCGGCUUCACUCGUUUGGGCUUCUCAUUACUCGUUAA